CCAGCCUUCUCGCGGAGGGAGGUGCUCUGUGAUUGGCUGAGCGGGCAAUGGGAGUCCAGAAGCUGGCAUUUCAACUGUGUGUUCAAAGCCGCCGUGGUGCUGCUGUUUACAGCCUGACUUUCCGCGGUCCGCAGAAGACAGGACGCGCUCAGAGGAGGAUGGCGAGGCGCAGAUAACAGACAGACAGAGACUGACACAGCUGAGGAGGCUUAUAUACUGCUGCGAGCGCGAGUUUUUAGUUUUCUUGUUUCUUCUGCUGCGGACUCUGCUUGGAUACCGUAACUAGGUUAACUAACUAGCUGAAUAUGUUUAACCUGAGCUACGCUUUGUGUUUGUGUUUAUUAAGACUGUGAAGAAGUUUUGAAGGUGUUGAACUUCUUGUUCUCCUGUGUGUAUGAGCGUGUGUGUGUGUAUUUUAUAUGUGAGGAGCUGUCAAGUUCCUACUACAACCUUCUCACUGACUGAUCUCUGAUAGACAGACAGAUAGAUUAGCUGACUGGCACAGUUUCUCUCCGCGGGACUUCUGCUCGCUAACUCGGGUGUUUCUGCUGGCUCUGCUCGCUGGUGAAAAGUUGGAUGAGACUGGCUGGGUUCAGAGCGGCAGAACUCUGCUCUGUUUGCCCGUUUUCUGAGGAGAAUAUCACGGCUUCAGCAGCAAAGGGUCUGGAAGGGCGAUUUCUGACUUCAGCGGCGACUUCGUCGGUCGAGAGCUCCAGGGGCGUUUUGGCAGCAGCGUGACCGAGAAAGAUGCUCUCUGUGCGGAUACGCCGCGAACAGCCUCCCGCUCCUCUGCUCGCUCUGGUGCUCGUGUGUGGGAGCUUCGUGUACGGCGCAGAUGGCAGUGACUACAGCGAGGUUCUACCCGACUCCUUCCCUUCCGCGCCGGCCGAGCCUCUGCCGGAGUUCCAGAGUGAGCCAGAGGACGCCUUCAUUGUAAAAAACAGACCAGUGAAACUCUCCUGCAAGGCAGCUCCUGCCACCCAGAUUUACUUCAAAUGCAACGGCGAGUGGGUCAACCAGAACGACCACGUCACCAGGGAGAGCCUGGACCAGAUCACAGGUCUGGUGGUGCGCGAGGUGGACAUCUCCGUGUCCAGGACUCAGGUCGAGGAGCUCUUUGGCCUGGAGGAUUAUUGGUGCCAGUGCGUGGCCUGGAGCUCCGCGGGCACCACCAAGAGCCGGCGUGCUUAUGUCCGCAUCGCAUACCUGCGGAAGAACUUUGAGCAGGAGCCGCUCGGCAGGGAGGUGCGUCUGGAACAGGAAGUCCUGCUGCAGUGCCGCCCACCAGAGGGCAUCCCACCUGCCGAGGUGGAAUGGCUGAAGAAUGAGGAUCUCAUUGAUCCUACGCAGGACUCCAACUUCCUCAUGACGGUCGACCAUGACCUCAUCAUCAAGCAGGCUCGCCUCUCUGACACGGCUAACUAUACCUGCGUGGCCCGAAACGUGGUUGCCAAGCGACGCAGCAGCACUGCCACACUCAUUGUCUACGUGAGUGGUGGCUGGUCAUCCUGGACAGAGUGGUCAGAGUGCAAUGCUCGUUGUGGCCGUGGCUGGCAGCGCCGGACGCGUAGCUGCACCAAUCCUGCACCGCUUAACGGAGGCGCUUUUUGCGAGGGUCCGCCCUUUCAAAGAGUCACCUGUACCACCCUCUGUCCAGUGGACGGAGGCUGGACAGAGUGGGCCAAGUGGUCCGCAUGUGGCACCGAGUGCACACACUGGAGAAGCCGUGAGUGCCAGGCCCCCCCACCACGUAACGGAGGACGCCACUGUAUCGGCAGCAUAAUGGAGAGCAAGAACUGCACAGAGGGACUGUGUGCCCGCAAUAAAAAGAUUUCUAUUGAACAUACGACUCAUCCGCUGGACUCCGGUGCAGGAGUGGCGGUGUACGCAGGCCUAGUGGGGGCCCUGUUGCUGUGUGUGAUCCUCGUGCUGUGUGUGGGUAUCCUGGCCUACCGCCGCAGCUGCAGCCAUCUUCACGGUGACAUCACCGACUCCUCAUCCGCCCUAACCGCAGCCUUCCACCCCGGCAACUACAAACCCCCAAGACAGGAUAACCCUCAUCUGCUGCAUCCCUCAGCUCCCCCCGACCUGACGGCCAGCGCCGGGACCUUCCGCGGGCCGCUUUUCUCCUCUCUGCAGCAGAGCACCUUGGACUCCCACCACAAAAUCCCCAUGACCAACUCUCCCCUGCUGGACCCUCUGCCUGGCUUGAAGAUAAAGGUGUACGACUCCUCCACCAUGUCCUCCGUGGAGCUGCCCGCUGGCCCGGGCUCCAGCGAUGGAGAAAUCAUGAGCUUAAAAACAGUGGGCAGCGGGACCCGAGAUCACUACGGACACACUCUCCCCGGAGAGCCGGGACACAGUGCCAGCGCCACACUGGGCUGCCUGGGAGGACGCCUUGCAAUCCCAAACACAGGUGUGAGCUUAUUGGUUCCUCCAGGAACCAUUCCUCAGGGGAAGUUCUACGAGAUGUAUCUCAUCAUCAACAAAUGGGAGAAGACGACAUUGCCGUCUGAGGGCGGUCAGACAGUGCUGAGUCCAGUGGUGAGCUGUGGGCCUUCAGGAAUGCUGCUGAGCCGCCCAGUCAUCCUCACCCUGCCCCACUGCGCCCAGCUGGAGCCCCCCGACUGGAGCCUUACCCUGAAGACGCAGACUAACCAAGCCUGGGAGGAGGUAUUGACGGUGGGGGAGGAGAGUCUGUCAUCGCCGUGUUACCUGCAGGUGGAAGAGCAGAACUGCCACGUACUGAUGGAGCAGUUAGGCACCUAUGGGCUGGUGGGUCAGUCAGUUCCACCUCAGCCUGCCUGUAAGAGGCUGCAGCUGGCUCUGUUUGCCCCUCGAGCCCCCUGCCUCUCUCUGGACUACAGUCUGAGAGUCUACUGUAUACAUGACACUCCUCAUGCACUAAAGGAAGUGUUAGAGUUGGAGCGGAGUCUUGGUGGGGUGUUGCUGGAGGACCCUAAGCCCCUCCUCUUUAAAGACAGUUACCACAACUUACGGCUGUCAAUCCAUGACAUCCCACACUCGCACUGGAGGAGCAAACUUCUUGCCAAGUAUCAGGAAAUUCCAUUCUACCAUAUCUGGAGUGGAAGCCAGCGGCCCCUGCACUGCACCUUCAGCCUGGAGAGAGGCAGCCUGGCAGUGUCCCAGCUCAGCUGCAAAAUCUGUGUCAGACAGGUGGAGGGAGAGGGUCAGAUAUUCCAGCUGCACACUGACAUUCAGGAGACAUUACCCCCCCAUUCGCCGCUGCCUGCAGGAGGAACGUGUCUGCCCUCCUCUCAGGUGGGCCCUUAUGCCUUCCGCCUGCCAGCCUCCAUCCGCCAAAAGAUAUGUGCCAGCCUGGAUGCCCCCAGUGCCCGCGGCUGUGACUGGAGACUGCUUGCACACAGCUUGGGCUUUGACAGGUACCUGAACUACUUUGCGACGAAACCCAGCCCCACAGGUGUGCUGCUGGACCUGUGGGAAGCCUGUCACCAGGGUGACGCAGACCUGGUCUCCCUGGCGACCGCUCUUGAAGAGAUGGGCAAGAGUGAGGUCUUAGUUGUCAUGACGACAGAUGGGGAUUGCUGAUUGGGUAAUCAGAAAGCAUGAGAAGGAGAGAAAUUCGUCAGCGUGAAGAAAAGCAAGCAUUAAUGCCAUGCCAGUGGAUGGAUGGGCAGGAGGAGCCUACAAGAAUCCAGUGCACAACCACUGUUCCCCCAACCACUACAACACUACACACUACAAUGACUUGCCUAUAUUACCUCAACCCCAGUGUGUGUGUGUGUGUGUGUGUGUGUGUGUGUGUGUGUGUGUGUGUGUGUGUGUGUGUGUGGACAGAACCCCAGUGGAUACCGACGACACCGUGCCAGAGCACAUGAGGCUGGCUGCCACUGGCUGAAUGAUUCCCCAGUCACUCCUAAUCUCUCCCAGUCUAACUUACACACUCUGCUGUGCUCAGCUGUAGCAAAUGGAGUCACUCCAUUGGCCACCAGUGGUAAACCAGUGGUGGAAUCUGUGGUGUUAUUGGGAGAUGAUUGAGAAGAUUUUUUUUGUUCCUUCAUUUCUUUCAUUCAUUCAAUUCUGAUGCCUGCAGAAAGCAUAGAUAUGAGCGUACAUAUGAUCAUCACAAGGAAGCUCUCCCAUCCACCCACUCCUAAUUUUCCAGGAAUAAUAUUUUUUCUUAAGACCCCACCCCCCCAUUUUCACACUCACUCAAUCCCUUACUCCCUCCCUCACUCACUCAAUCACUCACUCCCUUACUCUCAGAUAGAUGUAGGUACUGGAAAUGCAGUGUGAAAGUGCAUGAUUAAAUAUCACCCAAGCUUUGUUUGCUAUCUAGUGGAUAUCACUGGAUGCUUAAAAACCCUUUUCGAAUGGGAUUAAUUUUACAUAGGGAAGUGGGGUAAAGUUCUUAAACUACAGUACCUUACUACAGAAAUUGUACAAAUUAUUCACACAUGACAAGAAUUCUCACUUUUGUUGACCGAGGUGGGAGUAGCUACUCGAUUUAUGCACUGCCAUUACCUUUAAAACAAUGUCAUGAUAUGCAAUCAUGCAACUAUUACUUAUUAUAAUAAUUUUAUUUGAAAAUUAGCAGCAAUUAGCAUGUUUAUAACACAUACAGCAAGUAGGUUAUAAGCUACUCUACACAAUAAUUUGCACAAUAAAGUUUUCAGAAGCUUCACGCUUGAGAUUUAUACGUCUGGAAUGGCCCGAGGUAUCCACGCCAAUUUACUACGAUACCAAAUACCCUCAAGCUCCUCUUAAAAAGCUGUAAAAAAUCCUUUUCCACAGUAUUUGAUGGAAAAUUUACUCACACAUUUUAAUUCACACUGGAAUAAUAUAACCUGAGGUUAUUUAAAUGGAUCUUAUUAUAGAAGAUAAACGGCGCAGGAAUUUUUACUGGCGUGGGAGUGCACAAUACGAGAAAAAAUACAGAUAUAGUGUAUUUGCACAGAGCUUAAAUUAUUGAUGAUGUCCAGUAAUAAUUACUUUACCCCACCUCUCCAGGUAAAACUAAUUCUAGCAAGCCUCACAUGCAAAGAAUAUGUCCUUACAGUUACAGUUGCCAGUACACAGAAUACUAUGUUAAACUAAGCCAAACUACUCAUCCAGCAAUACAAAAACCGAGGCCUGCAACAGAUCCUGUCUGGGUUUUUCCGUCACUUUCCUUUACAGCCUCCUGAGCACCGCCAGCAGUGAACCUGACAGUACCCUCUGUACGUCUGUUUGCUAUAAUCCUUGGCAUGUUUGCAGAAUCCUUGGAUUAGCGUCUGACAGAAGCGUCUCUGCGAGCGGACCACAUUGUAUUUACUGGAUUUCUCAUUUCCUCCUUCGACCUUCUUCUUCUAUGAACCAUAGUAUCUUGGUUGCUCUUAAUUACAUCUUCUCUUCAGUCCAUCUUAUAUAAUGCAGAAGAGCUUUCCCACAAAAAGUUUCCUAUAGGGAACGCACUUUUUUAAGUUAUUGUCCAUAUUAGUGGAUCGCUGUUUCUUUUACUCUCUCCUCGUCUGUCUCUGUUACCUGCUGUUAUGUUCAUGACUGUUCAUAAAAAUAGACUCUCUGUUUUUUUAUCUGUGUUCUGCUGCUCUGCUGUCAUGUUAAGUUUCUAUUGGCAGGCAGAUCUGAUUAGCAGGGCGUGGCUUUAAUGUGCUUGAAGAAUUUCUAUGGAGCUUAAAAAAAAACAAAAGCAUUACAUUUACAUGGUGUUUCAUAUAUUCAUAUAUAUUGUUUCUGUAUAUUUCACCCAGUUUUUUUCUUUUGGAUGGGUAAUUAACCAAUUCCUGUUUACUAGCAAUGCUCCCAACACUGGGAGCCUGAGUCUGCUGAACCAUUCAGAGCACAGUGUUUAAUACAUUUUAAAAACUUAAAUUCUACGUUUUUUUUGUUUAAAAUUUUGCUGUCGGAAUAAACAGUUUGCAGUAAUUUAUCAUUUUGGAUUAAUAAAAAUAAAUUAUAUACAUAAAUGUAAAUCUAAAUCGUAAUGAAAAAGAGAUGUUACCCUCGCAUUCACCUUUUUCACUUUAUAGACCAGAAUUGUUGUUUCAGACUCCAGUGGUCUAAAGCGCUGCCACUAUGAUCGGGAGAUCGCUGGAUCGAAUCCCGGUCAUGUUGCUUGCCAUCAGCUGCUGGACCCCCGAGAGAACACCAUUGGCCUUUCCCUCUCUGGGUGUGUAGAUGGCGCUCUCUCCCCACAUCACUCCAAAGGGUGAUGUUGAUCAGUAUGAGGCGUCUGUGAGCUGUUGUAUUGAAACUGAGUCGCUGCACUUUCCUCCAAGCGCGCUGUGAUGCUACUCGGGUUGUGUUGGGAAAUUGGUGUGUAAAUUGUGGCGAAAUGAAUUACACAAUUAAAUAUUUCAAAUGUAUUAAAAGCCACGUGAGAAUUACUAUACAAAAUUUUGAUUCAAAACCGUGAGUCACCUUUUAAGCUCCAUAGAGUUCAUCAUUGGUUGUUGUUAAUUAUUUUUGAAAUGCUGUAGAAUACUUCAUGAGAGAAAUAGUCCUUUUCAGCCAUUCAAGCAGAUGUGAACAGGUGAACGAAUGCAGCUGCUUUCUUUCGAUCCUCUGAAGGAAGCUACCCACUGGAACUAUUGUAACUCAGCCGGUGGCAUUAAUCACUGUUCAGAUUCUGACGUUGGUCAGAUGCGGGUCUUCUGUACGGUCGUUAAAUGUAGCCUUCUGAAACUGGCAUGACUGCUCAUUUGAGUGCAGUUUGUCGCAUUCAUUGCCUGCUCUGACUGUGGGUUAGUAAUGUUACUAUGGUGUGAAAUAACAGCCAUGGCUGGCAUGGGCAUUUUAUCAUCACUUGUUGUCCAUGCUGUCCUUUUUUUGGAGCAGAUUUCCUUUCAUUUUUUUGUUUUUAUAACCCUUUCUCUGUAAAAGUGUUCAGAUAUCCAGAAGAAAAAUACAAGCAGUAUCCAUCCAUCUCUCUUUCUCUUUCUGAAAGAGAGAUUCUGGCUGUGUGUGUCUGUGUGUGUGUGUGUGUAUACGGUGUGUGUGCUAUUGAGUGUGUGCUGGCUCAAAGGGCCUCAUCAUUUUGUAGCUAUUUCUUUUUUAUGUCUUUGUAAGUUCUAUGCAAGUACAAAACGCAAGUGAAUUUGCAGACCUCUGUAAGUUUUCUCUUUGAUGUGUGAGUGUGAGGCUGGGAAUUAUGUUCUUGUUGUACUACUGGCAUAUGCUGUAGCAGGGCUUAGGGGCUAAAAGGUUCUCAGAGGCCCCUCGGCAGCAACAAACAAUCCAAAAUGACUCCUGGGAGAGGGCUUAUACGACGGGGUUCCGCGUGCACUCUGCCUCGCCUGAGCUAUGUGGAGGCAUGUCAUCAUCAAUAAGAGAAGGCCACAUAAACAUACUUUAUGAGGAGGGUUAAAUUAGCCAUUCCACAUAAGACCAAUGGCUGGCAAUCGAGAUGAUGAAGACUGUAACGGAAGCUCAAGAGCACACGCGGCCUUUCGGCUCUGGCUGCACCGCUGAGCUCCAGCCGUUCCCACAAACACCUGCUGGUGGUCAUUCAGGUAUGAGACAUCAGCAUCAGCUGGAUUCUCUUCAGGGGUCUUCAGACUGGGAUCUGCUUCGUUCUGGAUGUUGCUUGCUAUUUACUGGAGAACUCGAGGACGAAAUGAACCCUGUUUUGUUCAAAUUGUAAUUCUUUAAGAGGGUAAACCAGAACUCUUUUUAAAGCUCUAUUGUACAUAAAUGUUUAGCCUUCUUACUGUAACUAAAUAUAAUUUUUAUGCAAUAAAUUAUAUUUCCUAGUUUAACAA